CACCGAGCAAUUGUAUAUUUCUGCUACGAUCCAAAGUAAGGUGUCAGAAUCCUGUGAUUCUCACCGUUGGGCAAGUUCCCUAACCAUUCCGCUAUCGGCGUCUUGGUCGAUUUUAUGACUUUGACUCAUCAACCUACUUGUCCAAACCACUGAGCUUGCAUUCGUCCUCUGAUAUCUCUGCUUGCUACAAUAAGUCAGAAUGAGCGCUCCAAGCAAGAACACAUGUUCAAUACUGGUCAUCAACCCAAACACCUCAUCGCAUAUGACCAAUGCGUUGAUACCAUUACUGGAUAACUUGGGACAUGGGGGCACUCAGUUCGAUUACUUCACAGCUCCGGUGUCCGAAAUCGUCACCCUUCCGGACGGCAGCACUGUCGAGGGCGUCCCCAGUAUUGACUCGGGUGAAGACUCAGUCAAAUCAGCUCUCUAUUGUAUGCCAUUCCUGGAACGCAUCAUAUCCGAAUACGAUGGCUUUCUCGUAGCAUGCUUCUCGGCACACCCUCUUGUUGGAAUGCUGAAGGAAAAGGUCCGAAAGAUUGAAGAUUCAGACUCAGCCAUUGUGCCUUCGGAACAGAAAGUCAAGAGGAAGUAUGUCACAGGCAUCUUCGAAGCCGGAGUCCUAGCGUCGCUGGGCGUGGUUAGCUCCUUCCAAUACGAAGCCGGCCAGGGAUACCACAAGUCGCAGUCACGGGAAACUUUCGGCAUCAUCUCCACCGGAAAGAUCUGGGAGACCGAGCUUAGCAAUGCUGUUGCCGAGAUGCUUGGUCAUUCAAGCGACAGUAACAUAAGUCAUUUUGCUGGUGUCGAGACCACAGGACUGACAGCUGUCGAGCUGCACACUACUCCUCCCGGAGAAGUGAGGAGACGCCUUGUCGAAGCAACUGAGCGACUCCUUAAGAACUCGCAGCAUUCCGUGGGCGCAAUCUGUAUGGGCUGCGCUGGUAUGGUAGGUAUGGAGGAGGCCGUCCGAGAAGGGUGUGUGAGAGCAUAUGGUCGGAAACAAGGUUGCCAGGUGAGAAUUAUUGACGGUGUUGCUGCCGGGGCUGGGAUGCUUGUCACGGCUUGCAAAGUCGGGUAUUGAACCAAACCGGUCUUGAUCUCUCGUAUAUAAGAGACUUAUUUACUCUGUGUAUGUCAAAUUACAAUGAGUGGU